UUGAUUUGGCAUUGUGCGGAAGAACAGUUAUCAACAGAUGUCGCAGAUAUUGUUCCAAAAAAAUCUCAUAAUUCAGAGAGAAUUGUGGAUACCAACAGCGAUUCAGUCAGCGAUUCAAUUGGUCCAAAAUAUAAAAGAUUAUCACAACGAAUGAAUCCUAUAAUUAAAAAAAACAUGCUAAAUGAGAAGAAUGAACGUACAAUAUUCGUUGGUAAUGCGCCAUUAACUAUGACUCGAAAGGAAGUAAAAAAAUUGUUCAUUAAAUAUGGGCGCAUCGAAAGCGUUCGUUUGCGAUCCGUCAUUCCAAAUAAAAAGAAUUUGUCUAAAAAAGUAUGCCUAGAAUAUAAAGCAUUCUAUUUUUUCACUUAUAGAUACGUAAUAUUUAGCCAAAGCAGAAUAUUUUUUUUUCUUAGAAAUGGUGGAAAAGUUGGUAGUCAUCAUUUACGAGUGGAUCUUUGCUCUGCCAAGAAGUAUUAUGAUUGUAAAAAUACAGUUUUUAUCGGGAAUGUGCCUUUCAAUGCAAAGGAAGAUGAAUUAAUCGAUCAUUUUUCUAUUGCUGGUGAUGUGUCAUUUGUUCGUAUUAUUAGGGAUCCGCAUACAGGAGUCGGUAAAGGAUUCGCUUUUGUUUCUUUUAGUGAUAGUUCAAGUUUGCCAGUUGCUUUAAAUAUGAACGGUAUUGCUUAUGAAGGUCGAUUGCUUCGUAUAACUAGAAUUCAAAAGAAAUCGAAACAAUGUACAUCCAAUGCAAAUUCUGGGAAAAUUUCGAGAAAAAGAAAAAAUGUAGCAAACGCAUUAGAUAAUCUGUAUGGUAAUCGAAGGUCGAGAAGACGAAUUAAAAUAUCAAAGAAGAAAAGAAGCAAGAAAAUUAUUUCAAAAAGUAUUAUGUCUUAA